AUACCAGCUGUUCACUUUACCUUGAACUUUAUUUUUCUCUCCGAAGCAUCUACCACAUCAAUUGAUCGUGUAAUUAUGAGCUUUUCGCUCAUAAAUUCUACAUUUACCGAGGCUCAAUUUGGUAUUAAACUGCUAUCAGAUCUAACUUCCGACCAGCUCACACCAUGCGUCUUCUCCCCGGUGUCUAUUCUAUUAUCGUUGGCUCUGGUGCAUCUUGGAGCUAAGGGACAUACCAGACAUGACAUCCGAAACUCUGUGGUGAAUGGGAGCACCGAUGAGCAGUUUAUCGAGCAUUUCAGUUUUAUUAAUAAACUUUUGAAUAGUUCUGUGAACGAUGUGGAGACUUUGAUUGCCAACAGACUAUUUGUUUCGCCAGAACAAGCAAUUCGAAAAGCUUUUACCGAUGAGCUCCGCGAGCAUUACAACGCUGAAACGGCAACAAUCGACUUCAAAAAGUCUCAGGAAGCCGCAAAAAUAAUGAACCAGUUUAUAUCGGAGAGUACCAAAGGAAAGAUACCUGAUAUGAUUAAGCCGGACAAUUUGAAAGACGUCGACGCAAUUCUCAUCAAUGCAAUUUUCUUCCAAGGCGAUUGGCGUCGAAAAUUCGGGGAACCCGCGGAAUCCAACUUCUCUAUUUCUGCUACUGAAAAUCGCCUUGUCCCAAUGCUCCGCGAGACCAGAGACUACUUUUAUAACAAGGAUGAUGAGUGGCAGGUUAUUGGUAUCCCAUUCAAAGACAAAUCCGCAUGGUUUGCCAUUUUCCUCCCAACGCGAAGAUUCGCCUUGGCUGAAAAUCUGAAAUCCCUGAACGCUGCGAAAUUCCAUAAUCUUAUCAACAAUGUCUAUCAAGAGUACAUCUUUUUGACUUUCCCCAAAUUUAAGAUGGACUAUAAGAUAAAUCUGAAAACCGCCCUCGCCAAGUUCGGGCUCGCGGAGCUGUUCACAGAACAGGCUGAUCUUUCUGGAAUCGGGCCGGGGCUUCAGCUGGCGUCGGCUACACAUCAGGCACUGAUUGAGGUAGAUCAAGUCGGAACCCGAGCCGCUGCUGCCACCGAAGCCAAGAUCUUCUUCACCUCCGCCAGCAGCGAUGAACCUCUUCACAUUCGUGUCGAUCACCCCUUCCUUUUUGCAAUUAUCAAAGACAAUUCUCCAUUGUUCUUGGGAACAUACACUUAACUUUUUUAUAUUCGAUGAGAAAAUGUGUAAUUUGAAAUUUUGUAAAUUAAAGAUUUCCCAUAACUUAAAUUUCGUAGAUAGUUUGAUACUUGCAAAGAAGCUGCCGACAUUUUCAGGGCUUUGCAACUCAUCAAUAAACAC